AUAUCACAGAAGAUACACCGCAAUGUUGGGCCAUUUUAAUGCAAAAAUGUUGGCACUCGGUGCCUUUAGAGAGGCCAUCCAUUAAUGAAAUACAUAGUGAAAUAAAUUCUAGCUAUUGGAAUGUAGAUAAAAUUUUUAUAGAAGCCGAAAAUAAGCGAAAAGAAUUACUUAAGUCCGGAAGAUUCAAUGCUAAACUUAUGCAUCCUCAUCAGAAAACCCAUAGCAAAUUAUUAAAUCCUACAAUAGAUUUAAUGCUUUCAAGUCUAUAUCGAAGUUUCAGAUUUUCUACACCAGACUCU